ACCACAUCACACCAUAUUGUUUGGGAGUCGCACUGAUGAAAGAUGGAAGCGACUUAUCUGCAGAAUAGGUGAUCGUGGGAAAUGGGUUCCCAAUGUUUUCAAAGCAGAGGUCCAGAAAUGCCUUCUUUGAUGGUGCUUCUGGUUCUGUUCUUUGGAUCCUUGUCUGAAGCCAGGGACAUUUUGGUCGGCGGCAAGCCAAAUUCAUGGAAGGCCCCAAAUUCUGCAGACCAAACUCUAAAUCGCUGGGCGGAGAGAACACGGUUCAAAGUCGGGGACACACUCUUGUGGAAGUACCAAGCGGAGAGGGACUCGGUGAUGCAAGUGGAAGAGGAAGACUACGAGAGAUGCGAGAGAUCAAAACCGAUCAGAGGGUACAAAGACGGCAAGACGAAGAUAGAGCUAAAGAGGUCAGGUGCUUACUAUUUCAUCAGCGGGGAAAAAGGGCGUUGCAAGAAGGGAGAGAAGCUCGUUGUUGUUGUAUUGGCUCCUCAUCAUCACCGCCUCGUUUCCCCUCCUACCGUUUCUCCCCUGACCAGUGGUUCCCGCCUUUUCAGAGCCCGUCUUGUUAUCAGUUUGCUUUUCCUUUUCGUUUUGGUUUAGAUGCCCCCUGAUUGGGUGUUUCCAUGGCACCUUGUGUUUAGCUCAUCAUGAAUUAAAUAUGGGCCAUCCUCUUUACAUGGACAGGCCUUUGUUGAUGUUGUUGAUGCGUGAGCAAGCCUUUCUUUUUAUGAA